AUGUUCCGCUCAACCGUCCGCUCGACGGUCCUCGCCGUAUCGAGCCUCGCGGCCAGCGCGCCAAUCGAGGUGAUCACCGCUACCUUCAUCGUCAUCACCCUGGCAUACUUCCAGCUCCUCGCUGCUCUCAAGAGCUCUGAAUUCUUCACCACCCUCCCGUCGCCCGCACCCCCCGCGCGUCCCGUGCACUUUGUGCGUCUCGCCGACGGCGUCCGCGACAACGCCGCCGCUGCAUACGCUGCCCCGCACGCUUCGUUUGCGCACAUUCCCCUGUGGGCGCCGGCCAGUGACAACUGGGUCCCGCUCUCGGCUUCGGAUUUCAAGGGCGCCCUCGAGGCCAAUGCUCUCGAGGGCGGCUAUGUGCUCCCUGCCUCGUCGGGCGGUAAUGCCAAGGGCGAGAAGGCUGCCAUUGUCCUCGUCAAGCAGCUUACUGUGACGCGCGAGGAUGGAGACGAGGCCGCACGCGAGGCAUGGCGCCAGUGGCUGCUGCACGAUGUCGGCGUGGCGUUUGGCGACAAGACGUACACGUACGGCGACCUGUGCUUUGGUUCCAAGUGUGCGGACGCUCCCCAGUUUGACGCGCACCCGCUGCACGCCGGCCAGGCUACCCUCACCAUGUUCCUCCGCGCGCCGGCCCACGACACGCCGUCGCUCACCUACUUGAACUAUGUCUCGCACCUGCCCUCGUUUACCGCUCCUGGCACCAACACCACCCUGCGCGUCCAGUCGGUUUCGCCCAGCGGAAACUGGGGCCUCCUUCCUUCGCUGGACCCCACCAUCUUUGCCGGGCUCGGCCAGGCCAAGGCUGCUGCUGAGGACGAGCAGAACCCCGCUGUCCGCAAGGUCCGCUGGAUCGCCUACGCUGCCCGCGUCCUGGUCGUUCGCUUCUACACUCUCGCCAAGAACGCCGACUCUGCAGACAUCUUCGUCGUGCUGCUGGGUUACAUCCUCAUGCACGCCACUUUUGUGCACCUGUUCAUCAACAUGCGCAAGCUCGGAUCCAGUUUCUGGCUCGCUCUCUUGACGCUUGUCUCUUCCACCUUUGCGUUCAUCGUUGCCCUUCUCUGCGCGUACCUGCUCAACGUCCCUAUCGACCCCGUCGUUCUUUCCGAGGCCAUUCCCUUCCUCGUUAUCACUGUCGGCUUCGACAAGCCGUUCCGUCUUGCGCGUGCCGUCUUUGAGCACCCUGACAUCUCACCUGUCGCCGCAUCACCCGAGCUCGCCCCUGUGGACGACGACUUCUCUGGCGAGGCCAACCCCACCCACCUCGACCUUGGCACCCUCCACCGCGAGCUGGCGCCCCUUGAGCGUCUCCAGAAACUCGCCGACGGCAAGGGUAUCCGCUGGGUUGCGCCCGUUGCUGCCACUCAGAUCGUUGUCGACGCCGUCAAGCAAGGUGGCAUGACCAUCGUGCGCGACUACGCCCUCGAGAUCGCUGUCCUGUCCAUGGGCGCCGCCUCGGGCAUUGGCGGUGUCCGUGAGUUCUGCUACCUGGCCGCCAUUCUCUUGGCCACGGACUGCGUCUUCCUCCUCACCUUCUUUGUUGCCAUCCUCGCCGUCAUGGUCGAGGUGCACCGCAUCAAGAUCAUCCGCGGCAACCGCCGUGCCAAGGCCGCGCUCAAGCGCAGCGCCAGCGCCGUCUCGCUCGCCGCUUCCACCCCCGGUGAAUCGCCUCCUCCGGCCAAGCUCUCGUUCUGGGGCGGUGACAAGGCGCCCAAGGUCGAGGGCCAGCCCGAGAACCCGGUUGUCCGCCUCAAGCUUUUCCUCAUCAUCGCCUUCAUCGUCCUCCACGUCCUCAACCUCGUGACCACCCUUACGUCGCAGACUGCCCUCAACCGUCACUCGGCCCACUCGGCCCCUCCUCUGCGUGCCGACACGCGCGUCACCAACCUUUCGCCCGUUCUUGACGCCCUCUACAAGACUCUGCCCAAGGGUACCGACAUGAUUGUCCAGAUCGUCACCCCUACCCACAUCAUCCAGAGCUUUGAGAACCACGCCACUUCGCGCAUGGAGUCGUUUGACACCUUCAUGUCCGAGUGGACCACCAUGGUUGGCGACCCCGUCAUCUCCAAGUGGAUCGUUGUGGCUCUCGCCAUCAGUGUUCUCCUCAACGGCUACCUCCUCAAGGGCAUUGCCUCGAACUCGAUUGGCGGCAAGGGCCCCGUCGCCGCUGCCGCCCAGGCUCUUGUUGGUGUGUUUGAGGCCGUUGACCAGCCCGGCCGUCGUAUCCGCUCCCCCUCGGUCCUCGAGCGCUACCGCGCCGAGCGUGCGAAGGACACUCGCGGCCCUCUUUCCAACGGUCACAUUUCGCGCACCUCGAUCUCGGGUAUCACCACCGAGGGCGACAAAACCCCUACCCACCGCAACAACGGCAUCGCCAGUGUCGCCAAUGGCCGCGUUAAUGGCCACUCCAACGGCCACGCCAACGGCCACGGCAUCGGCACCAUCGUUACCGUCCCUACUCCCCCCCUGCCCAGCGUCGCCGAGCCUGUUCUUUCGCGCGAGACCUCGCCCCCCUCCGACUCGGACGGCCCCCGUCGCUCGCUCGAGGAGUGUGUUGAGAUCUUUGCUGGUGGUGUUGGUGCCAACAACCUUUCGGACGAGGAGGUCAUCCACCUUGUCCAGAAGGGCAAGAUUGCUCCUUACGCCCUCGAGAAGUCGCUCAAGAACCUCGAGCGCGCUGUCCGCGUCCGCCGUGCUGUUGUCUCGCGCAUCUCGCUCACUGGUACCCUCGAGGCUUCGCUCCUGCCCAUGAACGACUACGACUACAAGUCGAUCAUUGGCGCGUGCUGCGAGAACGUUAUUGGUUACAUGCCCAUCCCCGUCGGUGUUGCCGGCCCCCUCAACAUUGAUGGCCAGCUCCUCCACAUCCCCAUGGCUACCACCGAGGGUACCCUUGUUGCUUCGACUUCGCGUGGUUGCAAGGCCCUCAACGCCGGUGGUGGUGUCACCACCGUUCUUACCCAGGACGCCAUGACCCGUGGUCCCGCCAUCGACUUCCCCUCCGUUAAGAUGGCCUCGGACGCCAAGCACUGGAUCGACUCUGACGAUGGCUUCCACACUCUCCGUGACUCGUUCAACUCGACCUCGCGUUUCGCUCGUCUCCAGCGCCUCGAGUGCGCCAUGGCCGGCCGUACCCUCUACGUCCGCUUUGCCACUUCGACUGGUGACGCCAUGGGCAUGAACAUGAUCUCCAAGGGUACCGAGAAGGCCCUCGAGACUCUCCAGCGCCGCUACCCGGAGAUGGACGUUCUCGCCCUUUCCGGCAACUACUGUACCGACAAGAAGCCUGCUGCUAUCAACUGGAUUGAGGGUCGUGGCAAGAGCGUCGUCGCCGAGGGCAUUGUCCCCGGCCACGUUGUUAAGAGCGUCCUCAAGACCACUGUCAAGGAGAUGGUCAACCUCAACAUUAAGAAGAACCUCAUUGGCUCGGCCAUGGCCGGCUCGAUUGGUGGUUUCAACGCACACGCUGCCAACAUUCUCACCGCCAUCUUCAUCGCGACUGGCCAGGACCCCGCGCAGAACGUCGAGUCGUCGAUGUGCAUGACCCUCAUGGAGCCCAUCAACGACGGCGAGGACCUGCUCAUCACCUGCUCGAUGCCCUCGAUCGAGGUCGGCACCGUCGGCGGCGGCACCAUUCUCGGCCCCCAGCGCGCCAUGCUCGAGUUCCUCGGCAUCGCCGGCGCCCACGCCACCACCCCCGGCGCCAACUCGCAGCGCCUCGCUCGCGUCAUUUGCGCGUCCGUCAUGGCCGGCGAGCUGUCGCUCAUGGCCGCCCUCGCGGCCGGCCACCUCAUCCAGGCGCACAUGAAGCACAACCGCUCCGUCCCCGUCACCCCUGGUGCCGUCACGCCCUUCGUGGGCAUGACCCCUGCGAUCCGCGAGGAAAAGCUCAUCCAGGGCACCCUCACGCCCGCAGCGGCGGUGCGAAUGUCGCCGCCGACCAAGCUCAAGGAGACGUGGCCAGGACAAUGA